CGCCCGCACCUGUCCGCGCGCACCUGGCCGCGCGCACCUGCGGCCCAGCUCGGGGCGCCUCCUGCCGCGCAGCAGCCUCUGGCCCGCAGGCCCGGACCCCUCGGAGACCAGGGUCGCUGGGAGCGCCGGGUCGAACCGCCUGGCCUUCGGGGCUGCUUCGUGCGGCACCAGCGCUUCGGCGCCGCCGUGUCCGUCUGCUGCGGAGCCGUCGUCUCACCGAAGCCGUGGACCUGUGCUGACUCAGGGGCAAGACUUGCAGUCACCCAGCCCGAAACUUGGUUGUGCCUUUGGGGGACGUGAAGGCGCAUCUCACGCUGUCUUUUGUGGGGCUGCCUCCACGCUUUGUUUACUGUUGGGUCGCCUGCUUGGCGUCCCGUCUUUUCUGCGGGCAGGAUGGCCAAUUCGGGCCUGCAGCUACUGGGCUUCUCCCUGGCAAUGCUGGGCUGGGUGGCCCUGGUGGUGAGCACUGCCAUCCCGCAGUGGCAAAUGAGCUCGUAUGCGGGUGACAACAUCAUUACGGCUCAGGCCAUGUACAAGGGGCUGUGGAUGGAGUGCGUCACGCAGAGCACCGGGUUGAUGAGCUGCAAAAUGUACGACUCGGUGCUUGCCCUGCCCGGGACAAUACAAGGCACUCGAGCCUUAAUGGUGUUGUCCCUGGUCCUGGCCUUCCUGGCCAUGAUAGCAUCCACCGUGGGCAUGAAGUGCACUCGCUGUGGGGGAGACGACAAAGUCAAGAAGGCCCGGAUAGCCAUGACCGGAGGCAUCAUCUUCAUCGUGGGAGGUCUCGCGGCCUUUUCAGCGUGCGCAUGGUGUACGCAUCAGAUCAUCACAGACUUCUACAAUCCUUUAACUCCCGUGAACGCCAAGUAUGAGUUUGGUUCUGCCGUCUUUAUUGGCUGGGCAGGGUGUGCUCUGACCAUCCUGGGAGGCGCACUGCUCUCUUGCUCCUGUCCUGUGCGUGAGAGCAAAUCUUCCUACCGCGCCUCCCAGUCCUACCCCAAGUCUGCCUCUGCCAAGGAGUACGUGUGAGCUGGGGUUGCCAGGCUCCAGGCAGACAGGCUGUGGGUGUGCCCAGGCGCCUUCUAGAAUCUGGGGUAGAGGGCUCAGCCUGUGGGCAGGGAGCGGGACAAAGGCUUCCAGCUCAGGCUCAGUCCAUCCCUGCAGACCACGUACAGCCCUGGGGGGGUGGGGUGGGGGAGACACAAAAAGGAGGGUGUGCUUUUUGUACAGUAAUAAAAAAAAUAAGUUUUGGAAAAUAGGCUUUUUUCCCCUGGACCUCUACUUUCUUCCUGCCCAGAUCCUAACAGGACAUGGAAACCAACAUUUACUUAAGAAAAAAAUCAAACCAAACCUUACCUUUAGAGCACUAGUGAUAUGCCUGGCUGUCCUGGCCCAUUUCACUGUUCCUCAGACCUAACACCUCCACCCCGGACUCAAAGACUCAGGUGCUUGUACCCACUUCCUGUUCUUGUUAAGCAGUUACCGGGUAAUUUAAAAAAAUACUUUAUUAAGUAAGGAGGGACCCUGUUCUCUUGGCUUAUCCUAUGCCCCCAUUCCGCUUCCUUUCCUGCCCCAUCGGCUCCCUGACUCACAGAGAGGGGGUGGGACAGGGUAAGGGAGGACAGUUCUGGGCCCAGGCUUCCCCUUUCCCCUUCACUGCAGUCCAGUGAAAUUUGACUGUCAAAUAUCCAGGUCGUCAUCUGGAUCUUCUAGGUCCAGGUCAUCGUACGCAUCUGGCUCAUACAAGAUGUGGCCGGAGGCCUGGCUCGGCCCAGAGCGCAGCAGGGCUUGUUGUCUGAGGUGGGAAUAAUUGGUGCCGGUGAGGGCGGGCAACAGGUCAGGUCCAGAUGCCUUCUUCCCGUGGCUGUGACCGCCACUCAGCCACACUCCAAACCUGUCCACUUCCUGGUCACAGUCCCCAUCUCCUCACUCCCAUGAUUUGCCAGGACUGAAUCACUACCCACGCAGGGCAGGUGCUCAUCUAAUGCUCCAACAACACCUUAACCUCUUAGCAGCUCGAGGGCAAGGAUUCUGCCGCUGUCUUGCUUCACAUACCCACACACUGGGCACAGAGCAGAGCCUCCGCCACACCCAUAUAGCUUUCAGGCCCAGCACUGCAUCUACCUCCCAUGUUCCAGUCUGGCUCAGCGCAGCCUCACAUUACUCUGGGAACAAUCAGGAGCCAGAACCCGCCGGUCAGAAAGACCCUCUGCCAUUGUGGAGGUAUGGGCAGGAAGGGAACCACUCCCUGCGUUUGUCCCUGGGGUGGACUUCAGCCCCUAUAAAGUCUAAGAGGUUAAUCAAUAACCUGUCAUCACCUCCCCUCUGGCCCAGAUGCUGGGCUCUGCUCCUGAAUUCAGGCUCUAAGCCCCAGUCUUACUUUUCCGAGCUGAACUGGAAGGGCAGAGCCAGGCUAUCUCUAGUUUCUCUCUCCUUCUUGGACAAGUGAAGAUUAAAGGUCACGUGACUGGUGGGGUCCACCUGUAGACACAAAGGGUGCUGCCAUUUGGACUCAUUCGAGGACUCUCUGACCCCGCCCCCAGCCCCUGCAGCUUUUAGUUUCCUUUUCUCAAAUCCCAAGUUCUCUUGCUCUGGCCCAGGCACUCUUAAGAUACCAGGACUGUGUGAGAAUCUGGGUGGGGCUGGGACUGUAGGGGAGGCCCUUCUUGGAGAUCCAGGCUGAAGUCAGGAAGGAUGGAAAACCAUUGAGUCUGGGGAGAAAAAAGGAGAGUUAAAAGUAUCUUUUCAGGGCUGGGGAUUUAGCUCAGCGGCAUAAGCGCUUGCCUUGCAAGCAGGCAGCCGUGAGUUCGAUCCCCAGUACCGAUAAGAAGGAAAAAGACAAAAAAAAAAAAAGUAUUUUUUUCCUCUCUCUCUCUCUCUCUCUCUUCUUUUUGAGAUGGGAUCUUGCUAUGUGGUUCAGGCUGGCCAUGAACUCACCAUGUAGCUCAGGCUGGCCUGGAUCUUAGGGCAAUCCUCCUGCCUCAGCCUCCCAAGUGCUGGCAUUACAAGUGUGUGCCACCACACUUGAUUGUACUUUCCCAUUUUACUGGAUAAACCAGAGAAUUCAGGCUCUCAUGUCUUUAGUUAUUAAUCAUCUAAACUGGUUGCUUACAGCCUAUGCCCUCAACUUCUAAAGCCUGUUUUAAAUCUUUUUCAACUUUCUGAAAGACACACUAUUUUCAUUGGUUCACAACUUUUAGUCAAUCAAUCCUGAGUUCAGAUGCUAGCUAUGCCACUUUAUAACUUUGGGUAAGUGACUUAAAUUUCCCUGGAAUUGUUUACUGGUCUUCGAAAGGAGGAUGAUAAAGUGAUUACCUCACAGGGCAGCUGUGAUGAUCAAAAGAGGUAACAGAAGACACAAGGAAAGGGGAGAGAGCCAGUUUAGUGAGUGGCAAGGGUACAUGGACAAGGCCCUGUGUUCAAUAUCUGUACCAUAAAAGCAAAUCGGCCACAAGGAAGUACGCAGUUAAAUAGCCUGCUCUUUAAUUGUUCUUCCCAUCAUGCCACUGGUUUCUCUUACCCUAACCUCUAGCCUCCUAGGGCUUUUCCUCACCUGAUAAGUUGGGCGAUGUCCGGGCUUCCGGUAGAGGAUGUGGGCUGAGGCCUGGCCCAUGGUACCACGCAGGCUCACCUCGAUCUGGGCAAGGCUGCCCAGUGCUCCAAGGGGGCCCGGGGCAUGAAGCUCUUCAUGCAGCAGACCCAGCACAUUGACCCGUUCUCCUGGAGAACGGUCACCUGCAGAGCGACAAGAAAAUGAAGGGCACAAGACAGUAGGAGGGGCCAGGGAUACAGCUCGGUGGCCUCAGUGCCUGCCUGGCAAACGCACGUUUGUGAGUUCAAAACCCGGUACCAAAAAGAGAAAAGAAAAGAUAAAAAGACAGAAAGACAGCAGGAAACCUUUACAGUGGAGGCCUGGGAGGAGACAGUGCAGAAAAGGAUGGGGUGGCCCGCAUUGCAUCCUAGCUGCCACAGUCCUAACUCAGGCCAGUUUCAUGGCCCUGCUUGAGCCUCUUUCCACCUGUACCCUAAUACACUCCCUUCCUCUAAGGCAGAUCUGAUCACGGCCCCACUCCGAGUUCAGCACCCCUCUGAGCCUUCAGGAUGGAGCAAACACUUUCAGCACUUAACUCCACUAACUUUCCAGUCUCAUCUCUUCCACACCGAACUACCUGCAGUUUUUGAAACUUGCCAAGAUCUCAGUGUCUUUCUUCCCCUCACUUUUGGGAGCAUUAACGGACUGUCAGCACCGCACUAAACACUUUAACACAGCAUUUUAAUCCUUACAAAGGUCAGGUUUUAUUUUUAUGUUUUGCUGGUACUAAGGAUUGAACCCAGGGCCUUAGCACUGAUCUACCCUCCCAGUCCCUUUUUCGUAUUUUAUUUUGAAACAGGAUCUGGUUAUGUGGAUAGUUUGUGCAGGCGAGGCUUGAUACUGUGAUCUUUUUGCCUCAGCUUCCCAGAGUGCUGGGAUUACAGGCCUCUGCCACCACACCUGGGCAAAGAUCAGUUUUUAGACCAAACCACAUGGCAACUUCAAUGGCUCAUUCUAAUGCUGUAUUUCCACCCUCACCACUUUUCUGCAGGGGAAACAAGCACCCCAGACUAAGCGCUUCUGUACAAAGCUUGGUAUCUCUAACCCUAAAACCCACAGUGUACUUCAGGGCUAAUGUCAUUGCCCCUCUUCGGAUAAGCCUAGCUUACCUGUUGCUCUUUGAGAUAGUUCCUUCCUUAAGGUGUCCUGUCUAUAUGAUCACAGCUCCUAUCAGACUAUCUUGUCACUACCUGUUUACCUGUCUGUCUUUUAUGAGACUUCCAACUCCUGGAAGGCAAUGAUACCACAAAGUUCAGUCUUUAUUUUUCUACUAUCUAUGUAUUUAAUACUUGUUAAAGGGGUGAAGGAGAUGAAUAAAGAAGGCUGAAGAGUUGGAAUAAAGUCUGAUGAAAAACC